AUGCCGGCGAUGCUUAUUCUACACUUCGACGGGUGGUUCGAUAUGGGCACAGCAGACCCAUUGGAUCCAUCUCCGCUGAGAGGCUCCUUACAUCUUCCGUGCUCGUAUGUGCACCACGUCCGCAAUCUCUACAAACAGCAUCAAGACACUAUAUCACCCAACGAACCAUGGCGACAUGACGAGAUCAGGCAAUACAAGUUCAGCCGCAAGCUCACUCUAGCUGGCGUGACGCUCAAUGGAGAUGACCUCGAACCUCAUCUGCCGCUCGUCAUUCAACUCGAACACAUAUCCCCAAUGAACACACGCAGCUGGCCUUCCACCGGCAGACAUCCCAUCGAUACGCUCCUCCAUCGACGAGGCGCACUGGAUCAGAUUCACCUGGACGAGCGCGAAUCCAUAUUCAAGAUAUAUGCACGGACUGUCCAUACGCGUGAACGUCAAUGCGUGCCGGUGGCCCUUGAUCUUCGAGUUCUCCGUACGAACCAGCCGUCCUCAACUCAAACGAUCCAGCCAAAAUCCUCUUACGUCGGGGCCCGACAGCGCGCGUGCCAUGUUCCCGAGGGUGAUCGGGUUGGUGGUGAUCUGGCCUGCACUCUCGGAGACGAUGUCGACGGUCGAGCACGGAAUUCCGCUCGCACAGGAGAUGAAAAUCAGCGUGACGGUGCAUUCGAUGACCUAUCGAGUACCUUUUGA